AUGUCGAACAAGAUCCAGAAAACGAUCGAGCGCCAACAAGCCCGGAUCGCCGCCGGCGAGUACUACGAGGCCCACCAGCAGCUGCGCGUAAUUGCCAGCCGGUAUACCAAAUCGAGCAACUGGGCAGCCGCAACCGACAUCUUAUACUCUGGUGCGCAGGCCCUUUUACAAGCCGGACAAGGUGGUUCAGGCGGUGAUCUGUGCAUACUAUUGUUGGACGUGUACCACAAGGGCGAAGUCAAAUGUGACACGGAGAGCAAAGGGAAGCUUUUGGGGCUGUUGAGGGCAUUCCCGAAGGGCGAGCCCACGCGUAAGAAGUUUGUGGGCGAGUUGGUCGGUUGGAGCGCGAGGACGAGCGAAUACCCGGCAGGCGACCCAGAGAUACAUCAUGUAGCAGGAAGUUUGUAUGCUGAUGAUCUGGAUCCCUACGACGCGGAGCGACAUCUCAUCUUGGGCACCAAAGAUUCCCCUGCCACACUCGCUACCCUUCACUACGCUUGGUACACUUCCGACAGCCCACACACUGCACCUCUAUAUGCCGCACGCGGUAUCAUUCCCUACCUCCUAGCCGGGAAUUUGCGGGCCGCCAAUAAGUUCAAUCUCUUGUUCAGCUCAUCACUCCAAAAAUCGCCAAACUCGGCCGCUCUCUCCAUCCAGGAGGUUUCUACUGCUUCUUCCGACCUUCGCGUUUACCCAUCCCUCCCUCUAUUGAACUUCCUAGGCCUUCUGUUGUUGGCAGUAGAGAGAGGAGAAGCAUCUCUGUUCAGACAAUUGAAGAGCCACUAUGCUGGUCAUUUGAAGGAUGUCAACUGGAACGAAGCACUGGAUCAGAUUGGAGAGAUGUACUUCAACAUCAAGAUACCUAGGCAGGGCAACCCGAUGAUGGACAUGAUCGGCAGCAUGUUUGGUGGAGGGUUAGGUGGAGGCGGAGGAUCUCAAGGCAGAAAGUCUGGGCCCCCACCUGUUGCAGGACUGGAUUGA